AUGCCUCGUCUUCUCGUCCCUUGGUUCGUUCUGGUCAUGGCCAUCGCCACCCUCAUCAGCGUGGUCAUGACAUGCGAUCCCAAACCACCACCUUGGCCCAAAAAAGAUCCCAACAUCAAGCCUGGCACAGAAAAGAACCCAGUCUGCAACAAUCACCAAUGGGAUCCCCCUCCCAAGGGCGCAAUCUGCGGCGAGAACGGAUGGCUCAAUGACUUCAAGGACAACGAGAGGUUUGGGUUCAUUAUAGACCAUCAGGAAUUUUGGUAUGGACCGAAUGAAUGUUGGGUCGACUGCUUCAAAAAGCGACCGAAAUACGGCGACUGCAAAAUAUUCGCCGUCUGGCCGGGUAAAGAAUGCGCCAAGUGGGAGAAAAUCCCAACUACUCGGGAUAACCGGACGACCCCUUGGAAGUGGUAUGAGCCUCGCUGUUUCUGCAAUCUUACCAAGGAGUGGUAG